UCUCUUCGCGAACAUUCGAGUCGCCCUCUCUCGAAGCGUCGAGAACUGAGAGAGAUGGCAUGCUGCUGCAGCAAUGAGAGCAAGGGAGAGCAGAGCAAGCUAAAUUAAGAGAGGGUGCUUGUUUGUUGUUGGACUCGAAAUUUCUCGACAUUUCUCCGCGUCAAGUCAGUACCUACCGCAACAAUUUUUUUUGUUUUGAGUUCUGGAAAGUGUAAUUGUUUUAAAUGCUUAGUUUUCGGCGUAUUUGCUAUUUACUCGCCCAGUUUAUACCGCGGAUCGAUCGACCAUUGCUGCCAUAGGAAGGUUGAGGUCAAAAUAUCUUAAUUUCGUUAUCCUUUAUGAUUAAUUUUAUUUAUCAGUUAAUCUAAAUUAAUGACUUUAUCCCAGAGAAUAAAACCAAAUCCCAUUUGCGUUCCUAAAAUAUAUACUAAUGCAAAUAAAAGACAUUAUCCAUUUGGAUAAAAAAAAAUUGUUGUUUGACAUCGCCAAGGUAAAAAGAAAAUCAACCGCAUGUGUCCAAAAAUUAACAUUUAAUAAGCAGAAUCAAGUCAAAUCAAUAAUAAACAAAUAUUAUGACUAACCGGCUGAUGAGUACGUGGAUGACUAGUUUCAAUUAAAAGAGCAAAAGAAUAUUGUCAACAUGUCGCGAUCAUACUGCGGAUACAACCCGCCACCUCCCAAUUUUGAGACAUUUUUUCUGGAAAAAUAUGAAGACCGACUCCAGCGUCUUCCCAAUUUUGGCAAAAUGCGAGAGUCUUGGGAAACCCACAAGCGACCCACACUCAUAAUGCUACAUGUGUUCGCCGAUGAUUUUGGAGCUCUUGAGAAAUGGAUGCAAAUGUCUUACGAACUGGCUGACGCUGAGGUUCUAGGCCGGAAGAUGGACUUUUACGUAGACGAUGUGUGGAAGGCGUUUAUCUUCAAUGAGGAUGAGUUUAGCUUUUUCCGUAGUGACGAAGGCUGCUCCGUGAAUUCAGCUCCACUGAUUUACGCCGUAAGUGCGAAGGGAGAAGUAUUCUUCUUCGGCGAUUUUGCUGGACCAAAAUCGCCCACACUGGAAAGCCUAAGUGACUUUUGCAAACAAGUAAUAAACGGGAACAUGAGGGAACCCGCCUGCAGAGAGCCCAGGGUGGAGAAUAUAGACUUGGCCAGCUGGGACGAACUUUUAUAUGCCUCCGAUGAAGAUAUAGCCCUCUGUUUCUACAACUCUCUGCAAAGUAGCGCACAGGUUAAUACUAGCCUAAUGAUAACUCUGGAGCGAUUGGCCGAUACAUUAAAACAGGAGUCGGUGCGUCUGUACAAAAUGGACAUUCAUGGAGUUAGUGUCCCCAAGAAGUUUGCCGUAGAAUCUGCGCCCGCCUUCUUCGUACUGCAAGGAGCCGAAAAGCAUAAUCCACUACGAUGCAAGUAUGAACUUGGCAUAUGGAAAAUGCUGAGAUUCGUCUCCGAAAAUUCCAGCCAGGAGCUGAAUUACUACAACCGUCAGGGACAACAGAGACUCCAUGCCAGCUUGCUUGCCCAUAUGAAGGAUUACUUCAGUUUAAGUUCCGAAAAAUUUAAACAUUUUAACUGAAACAGUUGUUUAUGGAAAUUUUAUGGUUUCGCUGUGAUAUGUAAUUGUAUAAAUUAUUAGUAAUAGAAUAAUACUAUGAAGAAACCAAA